AAUUAACACCCCUAAGUUAAAUAGUAUAAUCAAUCACUCUCUAGCUACUACUACCUAGUACUAACUUUUUGACGAAGCAUGGCUGCAUCUGCGUAGGAGGGAGAGAGAGAGAGAGAGAGAGGGAGACAGCGAGCCAACAUGGAAGGAGGAAAUACAUGUUGGUGAGAGAGAAAGAGAUGAAUUUUUUUAUCAUAAAGAAGAGAGAUACAUGUGGUUGAUAGAGUAAAAACAAUUUCGAUUUUUGGAGAGAGAGAGAAAUGAAAGUUCAAGUAGAAAGAGGGAGGGAGAUAGUGAGGGAUGGGUGAUAGAUGGAAGCAACUUAGAGUUUGAAAUUGAGAGAAAUGAGAAAAUUAAAUACAAGCACCCAAAUGAAGACUUGGGUUUGAAAAUUGAAAUUUAGAGAGAGAGAGAGAGAGAGAGAGAGAGAUGGAGAGAGAAGAAAAAGUUAGAGAGAGAGGGGGGAAAAAGCAGGAAUUCAUGGGGAUAAAGUUGAAACGCGGGGUUUUGGUAGGGAAAAGAUUGGGUACUUGUACACCAUCACCGAAAUGGAGACUUGGGUUUACUCAACCUGAUGGUCCUAUCAGGGAAGAUCUCACCUUGCCCAUCACCACCGCUUUCUCUGCUAGAAAACUCGGUGCCAACCUCUGGGAGGUUUUGCCCCACCUCAAGGUCCUCAAAAUGAGCAAAGGUGGUGCCAGGUUUAGCCACCACCACCGCCACAAAGAUAAGGGUUUCGAGCUUCCUAAUAGGGUGGUUGAAACUCCUGAUACUCCUCUAGACCAGCCAGCAAGUGCAGGUAGCUGGAGAAGACAUGUUGCGGCAUCAUUGAUUCAACACCAUCGACUGGUUGAAAGAAAUGGUUGUGCUCUACAGCCCGUAUCUCCCACAAGUUAUGGUAGCUCAUUGGAGGUGGCACCUUAUAACCCUGCUGUCACCCCAACUAGUUCUUUGGACUUCAAGGGUCCAAGUGGGGAGUCAACUUUUAGUCUUAAAACAUCCACGGAAUUACUAAAAAUACUUAAUCGGAUCUGGAGUCUUGAAGAACAGCACGCAUCUAAUGUAUCACUAGUGAAAGCACUGAAAAGGGAACUGGAUCAUUCACAAGCGCAAAUCAAAGAGUUGCUUCAAGAGAAGAAAACAAGACAUCAGGAAAUUGAUGAAUUGGUUAAGCAAGCAUCUGAGGAUAAAAUUUAUAGGAAGAACAAGGAACAAGACCGAAUGAAAGCUGCAGUUCAAUCAGUGAGGGAAGAGCUGGAAGAUGAGAGGAAGUUAAGAAAGCAAUCAGAAAGCCUUCAUCGAAAGCUAGCUCGAGAGCUAUCCGAAACAAAAUCUUCCUUCUCUGCUGUUUUGAAAGAAUUUGGAAGAGAGAAAAAAGCAAGAAUAUUGUUGGAAGACUUGUGUGAUGAGUUUGCUAAAGGAAUAAGAGAUUAUGAACACGAGGUGCGUUCCCUUAAAUACAAGUCUGACAAGGAUCGCUUUGGUGGGGAAAAGCCUGAUCGAUUGGUUCUCCAUAUUUCAGAAGCAUGGCUAGAUGAGAGGAUGCAGAUGAAGCUGGCAGAAUCUCAGAGCAACCUUGCAGAAAAGAACCCAAUUUUGGACAAAUUGAGUUCCGAAAUUGAAACAUUUCUUCGAGCCAAGCGAUCUGUUUGUUGCAGAGAUAAUGAUGAUUUAUCCUCAAGAAGGCCAAAAGGAAAUAGCUUACAUAGACAGUCCUUGGAGUCCUUCCACUUAAAAGAUGCUGCAAGUGCUCCAAAUGUGGAUGAUGAAUAUUCUACCGGCAGUGAUUCACAUCGUUUCGAAUUAAACAGGGGUUUGAGUGGAAGGCAUAACAAUGGUGAUUCCAAACAACAAGGAGAUAUUGCUCCAGAAAAUCUUCUUGAAGAAUUAAUGAAACCAAAUCAUACGAAGAAAAAGGUCCGCUCACGAGAUACUAUCAAAGGUCGUGAUCCAUCCGGCUUGCAAAUGCAAUUUGAAGAACAUAUGGCUGGGGCCAUGUCAUGUAAUGGAAACAGGACUCAGCUCGUGGUUAGGGAACAGGGAGAAAUGGGAAGAGAGAAUUCAGUUGAAGUGAGCAAUUCCCAAAAUCUGGAAACGGGUGAGGUUGCACAAGAAUGUUCGCUGGAUAGAAAGAAUAAGCAAGUCAUGGUCCAUGGAUUGAACUCAAAUCAUGUGAAUAAUUCCUCAUCACUGGAAGGCGGAAAACCGCAUACUGAGAGUAAAUGCAUGGAAGGUUCUUGUAGUCAGCCCUUUCCAGGUCAUGCUAGUCCAGUGCAACAGAGGGUGUCAAGAUUCAUAUCUCCAGCUCCUGAGGUAUCCGAAUCUUCUUCAAAAUUGUCCACGGGAAUAAAAGAGAAUACCUUGAGAGCAAAGCUGCUUGAAGCAAGGUUAGAGGGCCGGCAUUAUCGCUCAAAAGCAUUUAAAGGUUCCUUUUAGGUUGAUCGAACUGUUGUUUGCCUGCAGCAGCAUCAAGCUUCUGACAGCGAACUUCUGGUAUGUGAAUAUUGCCAAGAUCCUUCUAGCUGAAUUUGGAAAGACUUUUCAGUAAUUUCAGCGUAGCUAGUAAUUUAUUUUUUCCUUUGUAAUUUAGAAUCACAUCUGUAAAUGAAAAUAUGUAUUUUUUGUUACGUGCUUACCUAGCUAAAAAAAUAUUAAGUCCUAGUACUAUUUGGAUCAAUGUGAGGCCGGCCUUGUUAUGUUUAUGUAGAGGUGGGUAUUGUUACAUGAAAUUUUUGAACUUGCAAUAAUUUUUUUUUAAGGAGCUUGGCAGCUGCUUGUUGGUUA